AUGACUGUUGCCAUUAAUGGCAUUUCCAAUGGACCGAGUUCCCAAUGGAGACACACUAAUCGAAUCUACAACAUUCUGGAAUACAACUACAUAGUCUUUCCCCUUACGUUCAUUGUCACCUUCUACGCCCUAAAACAUAUCACCAACCGGUUCGGUUACUAUGUCGAUGUAUCAGAAGAUGGCUGGACAAAAUCGGCGAUCACUCACGUUGUUCUAUCUGGAAUGUUCCAGCUGUUGCAAAUGCCACCCCAUGGAAAUCUACUGGGCUUGUGUUUGCCUAUGCGACCAAACAAGUUCGCGCGUCGACCGAAGACACGACGCCUGGGAACACUGUAUGUUUGUCUUGUGACGAAGGGCACAAAUGUACAAACUGCAAUCAAUACCACCAAAUACUGGGACAGUCUCAAGCUUCGAGAUCACCCCUCAGUCAAGUUCCAUGUUCUUGUCGAUAGCGAGAAUUCCGAUUCAUUUUCUCAACUCCCUUUGUACAUCAAAGUUGACCAAGUGCCGAAUGACGUCCCUUUCAAAAAGGCCAAGUAUAAGGCCCGGGCACAAGAGUACUUCCGAAUUAAAUACAAGUUCUCGAAAGAGGACUGGGUGUUGCAUUUGGACGAGGAGUCGGAGAUGGAUGACCGUGCCCUACAGACGACGUUGGAUUUCAUUGAGCGAGGCACGGCAGACCUGGGAAUGGGUACAAUCUUCUAUACCUCUGCCAACCACUGGAAAAACAUGUUUCUUUCCGCGGCAGAGGUGGGAAGGGUGACUGAGGACUUUGGAAGAUUCCAACUACCCUUGCUACUCUUCAACCGUCCCUUUUUGGGCUGGACGCAUGGGUCAUGGCUUCUUAUCAACGGCGCUGUCGAAAAUGCAAUUGGCUGGGACACCGACAAUGUGUGCGAGGAUUAUUGGUUUGGAUACCAUGCCGCCGCUCGUGGCUACAAAUCCGAAUGGCUCCACGCCAUAUUUCGCGAGCAACCACCAUGCACUUUCAAAGAUAUGUGCAAGCAGCGACGCCGCUGGUUUACAGGAAUAUUCUUUUUCGAAAAGCCUGUUGCAGGCCUUGUACUGAGCUGCGGGAUCUUGGCCGGACUCGGCUCGCUGAUAUAUCCUAUUAUGGGCGCUAUUGGAUAUAAAUCGGCGGUUCCUGCUUGGUACAGAGAUGUCAUAUUCUUUAAUGAUGCGUCUUGUUUGCAUGUUCUCAUUUCCGCCUGUGUUCUGCAGGAUCUCGCUGUCACUGAUAUGUCGUGGAUUUCUAUCGUAUCCCAUGUCAUGAUGUCUAUUGCUCUGUGGCCUUUGGUGAAUUUUGUGCACAUUGUGAUCUUUAUGACUACAGUUGUGUCGCCUCCUACGGGAUUUGAUGUGAUCAAGAAGAAGUGA